GAUAAUUUAAAGGGCGAGUCUAGAGGGGCUGGUUACUACUUCGGGACCUGCGACCUAUUAAGAGCUACGAGUGUCUGUGUUGCGUGCCUGCGCUGCGGGGGCCGCCGCAGGUUUUUGCAACAUGAUUCCGGCACUCCUCCUGACUGUUCUUUGCUUGGGAAUAAGCUCAGCAACUCCAAAAUUUGAUCAAACUUUAGAUGCACAAUGGUCCCAGUGGAAGUCAACUCAUAGGAGACUGUAUGGCAUGAGUGAAGAAGGAUGGAGGAGAGCAGUGUGGGAGAAAAAUAUGAAAAUGAUUGAACUGCACAAUCGCGAAUACAGCCUAGGGAAACAUGGCUUCACAAUGGCCAUGAAUGCCUUUGGUGACAUGACCAAUGAGGAAUUCAAGCAGGUGAUGAAUGGCUUUCAAAAGGAGAAACAAAAGAAGGGGGGCAAAAUGUUCCAGUCACCUUUUUUGCUUGAAACCCCCAAAUCUGUGGAUUGGAGAAAAAAAGGCUAUGUUACUCCUGUAAAAAAUCAGGGUCAGUGUGGCUCUUGUUGGGCCUUCAGUGCAACUGGUUCCCUUGAAGGACAGAUGUUCCGGAAAACAGGAAAACUUGUUUCGUUGAGUGAACAGAACCUGGUGGACUGUUCACGGUCUCAAGGCAAUGAGGGCUGCAAUGGUGGCUUAAUGGAUUAUGCCUUCCAGUAUAUUAAGGAAAAUGGAGGCCUGGACUCAGAAGACUCAUACCCAUAUCUUGCAAAGGAUUCAGAUACUUGCAAGUACAAACCUGAGUUUUCCGCUGCCAAUGACACUGGCUUUGUGGACAUCCAAAAUCGGGAGAAGAGCCUUAUGAAAGCAGUGGCUACUGUGGGACCUAUCUCUGUUGCUAUUGAUGCAAGCCAUUCGUCCUUCCAGUUUUAUAAAUCAGGCAUUUAUUAUGAACCAGAUUGCAGCAGCAAAGAACUGGAUCAUGGUGUUCUGGUGGUUGGCUAUGGCUUUGAAGGAACAGAUUCAAACAGCAAUAAAUUUUGGAUUGUCAAGAACAGUUGGGGUACAGAAUGGGGUGAUAAUGGCUAUGUAAAAAUGGCCAAAGAUGAAAACAACCACUGUGGAAUCGCUUCAGCAGCCAGCUAUCCCACUGUUUGAGCUGAUGGAUGCU